AUCCUCUGUGCUCCUUCUCUUCUGUGCUCAUUCGGAAACGAGGCUCUACUAUACGUACAUGCGGUGGCGCGCGCAUUUCACUGGCGGCGCGCGCUCUUGGGCAAUUCUAGCAGUCACACACGCCAGCACGCUACAACAGUAUCUGCUAACAUGAGUCACGCUGGGAUCAUUGUUCUUCUGACUCUCGGCUGCUAUGCUAACCAUGUGAAUGGACAAGGCUGGACUCAGAUUCCGCGAGGUCUGGUCCAAGUAUCUGGAAACCUCAACUACAUCUGGGGACUAGACCAGGAAAUGAAAAUUUACCAGUGCCAACGUCCGUGUACAGGUGCAUGGAGACUAAUCGAAGGAUUACUGGUCCAGCUCGACGUGGACGAUGAAUUUGUUUGGGGCGUCAAUAGCAAUGAUAACAUAUAUGUCCGCCCUGUUGACGGCAGUGGAAGCUGGAGCCAAAUUACUGGGAGGUUGAUUCACGUCUCGGCCUCGGGCAACGGCUAUGUUUGGGGGACAAACCGUGCCAACAACAUCUAUAAGUGCAAGAAACCAUGCAAAGGAAGCUGGCAGGUGGUGGCUGGAGGUCUCAAGAUGAUUGAUGGCGGGGAACGAGAGGUGUGUGGGGUUAAUGGAGGAAACCAGCUGUACUGCCGACCUGUCGAUGGGAGUGGAGCAUGGCGAUUCAUCUCCAACGGUUUCCAACAUGUUACCACAUCUGGCCCAUAUGAUAUCUUUGGCAUCAACACCAGAAACGAGACUUUCCGUUGUCGCAAGCCGUGCAUCGGGCAGUGGAUUAUGGUUGGCCACGAUGACGCCAAUGGCCUCACCGAGUGUGACGCCACUGCCAAUGCCCUCUUUGGAAUUGAUACCUGGGGAUUGAUAUGGAGGAAAGAUUUCCCACUGUGAUCGAGAAUCAACUAUUGAACUUACUUUAUGCUUACUCUUAUCUAUACUGAACAUUAUCUGUAGCUAGAGAUCAAGUUGGUUAGAAAAUUUUGCAUAAUGAGCGAUGCAGAUGAUUAUGUUUAUGUGGCCCAACCACUAGAGGCACCAAAAGUGUAUAAAGUAAUAGCUAGCCUUCCCAAUGUUAGUUCACUAGAUACACAUAACAAUCAGUCUGUGGUCAGCGUUCCAUGCUUUGCUGAGGUAAUUGUAAAUUAGAGAAAUAUUGCGUGGGGUAUGAAAGCGACACAAAGGACAACACUUUUGAGUGGGUGGACCGUUUACUGAGGACACAUAUAUACAAGUGGAAAAAUAAUUUCUUCAAAAUGAAG